AUGGAAAAUUUUGAAGCAUGCUGGCAUUCCUAUCAUUUGGAAUGUUUAACUGACUUUAAUGUUUGUCCUAUUUGCAGGGUUGGAGUUGAAAAUGCAAUCAGGUCUUUUUCUCUUCAUGCAAAUAGAUCAGUUAAUCCCUCAAGAAACACAGCAAGCGACCAUGAUGAAAAUAUCAUUGACGGAGAACAGGGAUUAGGUAGUGGAGAUAGGAAUGAUCAUUGUACUGCUGAUGAUGAUGAUGACCUCCCUACCUCAACAAUAAAUGCAAACAUCGAACAAAUCUUUCAGAACUUGACCCUUCAUGUAAUGUCUGUCUCGGAAAGACCCCCACCAGUUCAGGUGUGCCCAUCAAUUGUACAGGAAAGACAAGUCAAUAAUGAUGUAGCUGAGUGGUCAAUUCUGGUAGGGCCUAAUGGGGAGUCAUGCUUUUUAGAAAGUCACACUCACUUUGGUCUAGGGGCCACUAUUGCUGCCUGUGGGCCUGCCAAAAUCAAACAAAUGGCUUUCUAUAUUAAAUUUAUAGCUGUAAGGGAUUGGACAGUGAACCCCACUCCCUUUGAUGCUGCAUUUGUGUUUCAUGUUUAA